UUGCGCCAAAGGCUCCGCCCACUGUCAGAUCAUCCUCCUGCUGAUUGAUUCCAGCAGAUGUAAGGGUUGCGCUGCUGAGAGAGGAAGAGACGCUACCGCAGGCAUGCCGCUGGCACGAAGUUUGUCGGUCACCUCCCUGUCCGGUCUAGAAGAAUGGGACGAAGAGUUUGAUCGGGAGGAUGCAGUCCUGUUCGAGGUUGCAUGGGAAGUCGCCAAUAAAGUUGGUGGGAUUUACACGGUGAUCCAGACCAAGGCGCGCCUGACCUGUGAGGAAUGGGGCGAGAACUACUUUCUGGUGGGCCCGUACACGGAGUCAAAUGUCAGGACGCAGGUGGAGCUGAUUGAACCCUGCAAUGCAGCACUCAGGAGAACCAUUGAAAAAAUGAACAGCAGCGGGUGCAAGGUAUAUUUUGGCCGAUGGCUGAUUGAGGGUUCUCCUUAUGUGAUUCUGAUAGACGUGGGUUUCACAGCCUGGUCUCUGGACCGCUGGAAGAGUGAACUCUGGGAGAACUGCAGCAUCGGUGUGCCCUGGUUUGACAGAGAGGCGAAUGAUGCUGUACUCUUUGGCUUUCUUACUGCAUGGCUACUGGGAGAGUAUGCAGCUCAGUGUGACGACCCCCCUCACAUCGUGGCUCAUUUUCACGAGUGGCUGGCAGGUUUGGGGCUUGUGUUAUGCAGACAGCGGCAGUUACCCGUAGCAACCAUCUUCACCACACAUGCCACUCUGCUGGGCCGAUACCUGUGUGCUGGGAAUGUCGAUUUCUACAACAAACUUGCAGAGUUUAAUGUGGAUAAAGAGGCAGGUGACAGGCAGAUCUAUCACCGAUACUGUCUGGAGCGUGCAGCGGCCCGCUGUGCACAUGUCUUCACCACUGUGUCUCAGAUCACUGCGAUCGAGGCCGAACACUUACUAAAGCGCAAACCAGAUAUUGUGACUCCAAACGGCCUGAAUGUCAAGAAGUUUUCAGCGAUGCACGAGUUCCAGAACCUCCACGCUCAGAGUAAAUCACGCAUCCAGGAGUUUGUCAGAGGCCAUUUCUAUGGGCAUUUAGAUUUUAACCUUGACAAGACUGUGUUUCUCUUCAUCGCUGGACGCUAUGAAUUCUCAAAUAAAGGAGCUGAUAUCUUUCUUGAAGCAUUGGCCAGACUUAAUUACCUACUGAGGGUAAAUCACAGUGAGGUGACUGUAAUGGCAUUCUUCAUCAUGCCUGCUCGUACCAACAACUUCAAUGUGGAGACCUUGAAGGGCCAAGCCGUUCGGAAACAGCUCUGGGACACUGCACAGACUGUGAAGGAGCGUUUUGGGAAGAAACUCUAUGAAUCACUUUUAGUAGGGCAGCUGCCUGAUGUGUCUAAGAUGUUAGAUAAAGAGGACUUCACCAUGAUGAAGCGUGCCAUCUUCGCCACCCAACGGCAGUGCCAGCCUCCCAUCUGCACUCACAACAUGCUGGAGGACAGUACAGAUCCCAUCCUCAACUGCAUCCGCCGCAUCGGCCUCUUCAACAGCACGCAGGAUAGAGUCAAGGUGAUCUUUCAUCCAGAGUUCCUCUCCUCCACUUCUCCUCUCCUGCCGAUGGACUAUGAAGAGUUUGUGAGAGGCUGCCACCUUGGAGUAUUUCCGUCUUACUACGAGCCCUGGGGAUACACGCCAGCUGAGUGUACAGUGAUGGGUAUUCCAUCGAUUUCCACUAAUCUGUCUGGGUUUGGCUGUUUCAUGGAGGAACACAUUGCCGACCCAUCUGCUUAUGGCAUCUAUAUUCUGGAUCGGCGGUAUCGUGGGGUGGAUGAGUCCUGUAAUCAGCUGACAUCUUUCCUGUUUCAGUUCUGUCAGCAGAGUCGCAGGCAGAGAAUCAUCCAGAGGAACCGAACCGAGCGUCUCAGUGACCUGCUGGAUUGGAGAUAUCUGGGCAGGUAUUACAUAUCUGCCCGGCAUAUGGCCUUAGCCAAAGCUUUUCCAGACACCUACAUUUAUGAACCUCAAGAGCCAACUUCGAGUACAGGCUUCCGAUACCCACGACCCGCCUCAGUGCCCCCAUCCCCUGCCCACUCGCUUCACUCCUCACCCCAUCACAGUGAGGCAGAGGAUGAGGAUGAACGGUAUGAUGAAGAACUGGAGGCGGAGAAAGAUCGGGUCAACAUCCGCCAACCGUUCAUCAUGCAAAACCGUAACAAGAAUCAGACAGUCGAUCUUCCUGAGAAAAACUAGAAUAAACAAACCCAUACAUGCAUGCAUACAUACACUGCAGCUUAUACUGUGAGGCACUUAUAUCUGUUGAUGCACACAGACAUGUGUAAUGACACUCCCUUAAACAUACUGUUUUAUGUCUGCAAAUGUCAUGUCAGAGAAAUAAAUGAGAUAUUUACUGUA